CUGCCCUGCCCCAGGGGCGGAGGGCCGAGGACGCCUUUGCCUCCUCCCCGGUCGCGGCGCACGGGAAGAGCAGGCGGCAGCCGGAGGAGCCCUGCCCCAACCCGGCCCCAGCCGCCGCCGCCACCCGAGGAUGCCGCCCGCCGCCCCGCGGCCGCUGCUGCUGCCGCUGUUACUGCUGCUGUUACUGCUGCUGCCGGGGGCGCGCCCCGUCGCCCCGCCGUCCAGGCCUACAUUUACGUGUGGAGGAGUUGUAUCGGGAGAGUCGGGGUUCAUCGGAAGUGAAGGAUUUCCAGGAGUGUACCCUCCUAACAGCAAAUGUACCUGGAAGAUCACGGUUCCCGAAGGAAAAGUGGUGGUUCUUUCUUUUAGAUACUUAGACCUGGAAAGUGACAAUUUGUGCAGAUAUGAUUUUGUGGAUAUCUACAGCGGCCAUGCCAAUGGGCAGCGCAUCGGAAGGUUCUGUGGUACAGUGAAACCAGGUGCCCUUGUAUCCAGCAGCAAUAAAAUGUUGGUGCAGAUGACUUCAGAUGCUAAUACUGCAGGAAGUGGAUUCAUUGCAAAGUUUUCUGCAGCAGAACCACAUGAAAGAGGUGACCAGUACUGUGGCGGACGACUGGAGAAGCCUUCUGGCUCCUUCCAAACACCCAACUGGCCGGAGCGGGACUACCCAGCAGGCGUCACGUGCUCCUGGCACAUUGUGGCCCCCAAGAACCAGCUAAUAGAAUUAAAGUUUGAGAAGUUUGAUGUGGAGAGAGACAACUACUGCAGAUAUGACUAUGUUGCAGUGUUUAACGGUGGGGAAAUCAACGAUGCUAAAAGAAUUGGGAAGUACUGUGGAGACAGUCCACCAGCGCCUAUUCUUUCUGAGAAAAAUGAGUUGUUCAUUCAGUUUUUAUCUGAUUUAAGUUUAACAGCUGAUGGUUUUAUUGGCCAUUAUAAAUUUAGACCCAAAAAGUUACCCACAACUACAGUUCCACCUACUACCACAACAGUCCCUGCUACAUCAGUUUCAAAACCUACAGUUGCCCUGUGCCAGCAAAAGUGCAAGAGGAGCGGGACUCUAGAAAGCAAUUAUUGUUCAAGCAACUUUGUAAUAACUGGAACUGUAAUCUCAACAAUAACACGGGCUGGAAGCUUGCAUGCAACAAUAUCAAUCAUUAAUGUAUACAAGGAGGGAAACUUAGCAAUACAGCAAGCGGGAAAGAACAUGAGUGCUAAGAUUAUUGCAGUAUGUAAGCAGUGUCCUCUCAUCAGAAGAGGUUUGAAUUACAUCAUCAUGGGCCAGGUAGAAGAAGACGGCAGAGGCAAAAUCUUUCCGAACAGUUUUGUCAUGAGUUUUAAGACUAAGAACCAAAAGAUCCUGAACGCCUUGAAAAACAAAACAUGUUAUAACUAAACUCUACAUCUGCAUUCUCUGAUCUCUCUUGGAAAAUAAUUUUCACUUAGUUUAAGUCAUGAAAACACAACCACCAGCACUAAGACCAUGCUCACCCUUUCUGCACUUCUUCAUACCAACCACCAAAACACAAUCCUGACACAAAGUGGCAUCAAUUACAAAUCCUAAAUCGUAAAGAUCUGCAUCACAGCCAUCUGAUUUGAAACACACCAAAUUUAUAAUUUGGUUAAUUUAUAAUUGUCCAUUUUUUAAGAAGUAUAUAUGUAAUAUAAGAAUUUUAAGUGCAAUAUUUAUAGUAACUCAUUUUAACACUGCUUUUUUUCUCUUGUUUUAUUACAUAGAUUCUUGCAUUAUUAUCUGUGCUUAAUAAAAUAUUUUAAGAUUAAAUCACAAA